UAUUGAGAAUUGGAGUCUGAAUACUCUGGUCUGGAUGAUAUUGAGGUACUAUUAUGAUAUAACAAAUUGAAAAUACCGCGGCAAGAUGGCGGUAUCUGGAAGCAACUUUUCAUUGGCUGUUAAAAAGCAUAUGCGUAUGAGCACACCUUAUAUCCUUCCACCAUGCCUGUAGUAAAAGAUAGAAUGAAUAGCUUGUAUUUCUUUCUCACUCACAGUAAUUUGACGAAAUCUGAAUUGGUUAUGGCUACUUGUCACUGGCCAGUACUGCCAGUAGGCCAGUCUCUAUCAGUCUAUCAAUCUCUAAUUAGACUGCAUAAAAUACGCCGUUUACAUACUUUCGGCAUGUUUAUGAUACAGAAAAUGGACUGGAAUCUCUCUCUUUGAGUCAAUUCUUAAUUAUUUGUAAAUUACGAGGUUGGCGGAUGUUUGUUUUGCGUGCGCGGAUCCGAUAAAUGGUAAAUAACAAGAUAAUCGGAUAAUGGAGCUAUUGUGACUCUUUAGUUGCGCUGUCUAUUUCAACAUCAUAUGUCCUAGCAUCCUAUGUGAAAUAAGAGUAGAAAAAUGCCUAUGACUGCCUCGAUUGUAACACGGAACGAUGAGGAAGAGUUGAAUGGGGAAACAGAGUCAGAAGCCAGUAGUAUAUGUCAAGGUUCGGUGAUUUCCACUGUACCUGAUCGUCAUGGAUUCCUGGGUGGUUCGCAAUAUAGUCCAGAAAGGAAACAGGCCAUUCCGCCUGAUGUGAUACUGCGAAGAGAGAGAAAAUGGAUACAGAUGCUGAACAACUGGAGCCUCUUCAUGACCACGAAUUAUCGUAAAGUCCGUGAGAGGUGUCGCAAGGGUAUACCACCUUCCGUAAGACUGCGUGCCUGGUUAAACCUGUGCGGCGGUCAGCUUCUAAUGAAUGAAAAUCCGAAUUUGUAUGAAGAGCUGAUCAAACGACCUGGUGAUCCCAAAUACAUAGAGGAUAUCAAAAAAGAUCUUCAUCGCCAGUUCCCGCAUCAUGAGAUGUUUGUUGAGAAUGCGCCUGGACAGCAGGAAUUGUUUCAGGUUCUCAAGGCGUACUCGAUCCUAAAUAGCAAAGUGGGCUACUGCCAGGCUCAAGCGCCUAUCGCCGCGUUUCUGCUGAUGCAUAUGCCGGCGGUGCAAGCGUUUUGGUGUCUUGUAGCGAUUUGCGAUAAAUAUCUUAUUGGCUAUUAUAGCCAGGGCAUGGAAACGUUGCUGCGUGAUGGAGACAUUCUGUUUGCUCUUCUGAAAAGAGUCUCCCCCAUUGCACACAAACAUCUAAAAAAACAAAAGAUGGAGCCAAUCUUAUAUAUGACGGAAUGGUUCUUAUGCGUUUACACGCGAACAUUGCCGUGGGAGAGUAUCUUGCGCAUAUGGGAUAUGUUCUUGUGCGAAGGUGUGAAAAUCAUCUUCAAAGUAGGUCUGAUAUUGUUGAAAGGUAGUCUAGGUCGAACUUCCCUUACCAAACGCUGUCCAACAACAUAUGAAACUCUUCAAGUUCUAAGAAACCCACCUCAACAUAUCAUGGAGGAGGAAGCCUUAGUUUACCAGAUUCAGAGGUUAAAUUUGAGCGAGGAGGAUUUCGAGUACGAGAAUCAGCGGCAAAUGUUGAAAAGAAAGGUGGAAAAGAAGACUGCCAAUCGAACUGACUGAUAAAUUAGUUAGACAAAGAUAUGGGGCAAAAUUUCACGUGUCUAGCGUCCCAACGUGUGCCUUCCCUUCUAUGUUUCUGGUACUAUAGAUUCCGCGAUGUGUACGCUUAGAAUUCUUUCGUAUUACAAAGUCGAGAAGUAUUGGAGAGGCAAAAAGCGAAUAGGUACACGCACAAAAUAGAAAGUAAUUUUCCUUACUUGUACACACUCUCAUUUCCAUUCCCUGAGCGGUCAAAGAGUGCAUUAUUUAUCUCUACUUUAUUCAUUAUUACCCUUCAUUAUUACUAUACAAUUCAUUAUAAUAAAAAAGCACAAUGCAUUUGCAGGUUCAUAUUUAGUGCUAUUUAAUAUAUGUUCUUAUUAAUAUAUUUCUAUAGCUAAUUUCUAGUUUAUUAUUUUUACAAUUAAUACUUUCGACACUUAUGUAUAUACAAAAAUUUAUUGCAUUUUAAGAAUAAAAGAAUAUAUUAUAAUGUUAUACUAAAUAAAUAUUAUCUUUUGUUAUAUACAAUACCGAUCUUAAAUUAAUGCAAUUUUAUAUCUAUAAUACUCGUAACAGCAUAAAAAUUUCCCUCCACAAUGAUACUUAACAUUUAUUUUAUAUUAGAGAAGCGCCAAAUUUGGACUUUAUUUUUGGACUAUAUUUCUUGAAUAAUGGUUAGAAAAACACUUUUGAAAACACGAAUUUAAAUUAGAAAGUAUCUUCUACCAAAUGAAAUCGUAAUUUUUGUAAUACUGUUUUGUAUUUUUUAAAUAAUUAAUAUAUUCGUGACAUGUCAAAAAGGGUACCUGACGAAAUGGAUGCCUAAUUUAGAAUCCGUAUAUGAUCGAUGUACUGGUUAUGCUUUAUUGACUUAAGGCUACUUGCACCAAACUCUGAUUAACCUAAUCGUUGAUUAAACUAUCUUGUGACCAUAUUGAGAAUAUAAUCCAGUAUGAGCAAUCGUAUUUCUGGCGAUAUCACUCGACAUCACCUCCGUGAAGUUAUCUCCGAAUUAGUCGUCCAACUUCAGCUUUAUUAAUUUUCACUAAUUGAUUUUCACUCGAUAUCACCAGAGGUACAAUUGGCCACACUGGAUUAUAUUCUCCGAUUGGUAACCCUUUAAUCAACGAUUAAAUUAAUCAGGGUUUGGUGCAAGUAGCCCUUAUACAUCUUACCUAAUGGCGUUUUCGACUGGAACUGAGUUAACCCGUCUCGGUUUCUUUUUCUCUAGAUCCAGCCAAUCAUAGUUAUACCAUUCUUCAGAAGAAUGGCUGUGAUUGGCCUUACUACGUCGUUAAUCGCUCCCGGAGUGAUUAACCCCAAGUCAGUCGAAAAUGCUAUAAAUUAUGUAGUUCUAUAGAUUCUGUUAUCCCGUUAAGUUUGCCUAAGGAACAUAUUUUUUAACAGGCAUGCUUUUUUCGACUCGCCUAUUGUCUUUCGAUGUAAAUCGUAAAAUCUCAUCAUGAAACAUUUUAGGUUAUUAUACAUGCAGGUUAUAUAUUAAAGUAACACGCUCCCUCUCUGACACUGCUGCAUUAGAAAGAAACUCAUAUUAACCCUUUGCACUCCGAAUUAUAUUUCAACAAAUUUAAUUAAAUGUCAGUUUUAUUUACACUGUUGUUGUAUUUUGUAAUUUUCAAGUGUAUGAUAUCUCUUGCUGAUGUCGAGUCACACUCGACAUAGGAAUGCAAAGGGUUAAUGACAGUUAUCCUUUUUUCAGUGACGGAUAUCCCCACUAUCUUCAUAAGCAGUUUAUUCUAGUAGACUAUAAACGGUAUUUAUAGUCAAAUCUUAUUUAAAGACCGUCUCAAGUAAUGUCUUAACCCUUUAAAGGGCAUUUUUUCUAGGAAUUAUGUCCGAUAAAUCUUGUCGCAUAUGUAUGUUUUAGAUUAUGCUAAAACCAAAUCCGAGGUCAGAAUUUAAAAAUUUAAAAUGGCGGACCCAAUAUGGCGGAUGUCAAACAUAAAAAUUCAAAAUUCGGGGAUUAAAAAAUAUAGCUAUAUUCUUCACAAAAUUUGUAAUGAAAAAGAUCUUUCGAUUUUUCGCUAAAAUGCAUAGUUUUCGAUUUAAAAAUUCGGAAUUAUAUUCUUGAAAUAAUUUUAUUCGAUACUUUGUAGCCGCCAUUUUGAAUUUUACAUUUUCAGGUCAUUUUCAUAAUCAGCAACCCAAAUAAUCAUUCAGUACAAAAUUCUAUAUAACUAACUUAUAAAUUAAAUGAAUAAAUCAAUUUCAUAAUGCU